AAUUCCCUCCUCAUCAACUCUAUCUUGCUCCUAUCAUCUACGUUAGUGACAAAGCCUCCUUUCAACAAGAUGCGUUUCGCUUCACUUUUCCUUUUCGGCUGUGCGCUUGUUAGCGCAGCUACGACGCCGACAGACAAGAUCGUCAAGAAGCUCCAAAAAAUCGAGAAGCUCUCCCAAGAUACCAUCCCUAAAGUAAACAAGUUGACAGUAGAGGAUGGAAACCGGCUUAACGAGACAUCAGGGAGAUUCCAGAACAUCUUCAAAGCCUUUGACAAGAUUUAUGAUGUCUCUGGAGAAACUGCCGCUUUCGUCGUGGGCCUACCAUCCCCUUUUGACACCGACAGUUCUGCUGCCGUCAGAGACGCUUUUUCUCUUCUUCAAAUAGCACAUUCCGACUUACUGGGCGCCCUCAUCGACAAAUCGGAUCUUUACUCCGCAAACAACGCAGUUAAGGCAGCAGUCAUCGAGCGGGUUAAUAAAGUUAGUAGUGAGGCAAUCAAUAUGAGCUUGGGGAUCGCUAUCUUAGACAAAUCGACUACCGCCGACAGACGGGUCAUCACCAAAUUGAGGGGCUCGCUUGGUAGGGACAUCCAGGCAGUACGCCGUUAUUAUCGCAUACCGGAGGAGUCGCAGUAA